AUGUCCUUCACCAAGCUUGCAGCCAUCGCUACCCUCGCCACCGUUGCGAGCGCGGCCCUCACCAAGCGCGUUACCUGCGCCGACGGCAACGUUACCGCUCACGCGGCGUGCUGCGUGCUCUUCCCCAUCCUCGACGACAUCCAGACCAACCUCUUUGACGGUGGCGAGUGCGGUGAAGAGGUACACGAGUCUCUCCGUCUUACAUUCCACGACGCGAUCGGCAUCUCCCGGGCCAACGCGUCCGUCGGUGGUGGCGCGGACGGAUCCUUCGUUAUCUUUGACACCAUUGAGACUAACUUCCACGCGAAUAUCGGUACGGACGAGAUCGUGGGCGAGCAGAAGCCCUUCAUCGCAAAGCACAAGACGAUCUCCACCGCCGACUUCAUCCAGUUUGCCGGCGCGGUCGGUGUUUCCAACUGUCCUGGUGCUCCUCGCCUUCAGUUCCUGCUCGGUCGCAAGGACGCUACGCACCCCGCUGCGGACUUGACUGUCCCGGAGCCAUUCGAUUCGGUCGACAAGAUCCUGGCCCGCUUCGAGGAUGCCGGAGGCUUCACUCCCGCUGAGGUCGUUGCGCUCCUCGCAUCCCACACCGUCGCUGCAGCCGACGAGAUUGACCCUACCAUCCCCGGCACUCCUUUCGACUCGACGCCGUUCACCUUCGACACGCAGUUCUUCGUCGAGACUCAGCUCAAAGGCACGCUGUUCCCUGGUAACGGCUCGAACCCCGGCGAGGUCCUGUCCCCUCUGCACGGCGAGAUUCGUCUCCAGUCCGACGGCGAGCUUGCGCGUGACCCGCGCACUGCCUGCCUCUGGCAAGCGAACGUCAACAACCAACAGCACAUGAUGUCCUCGUUCGCGGCUGCUAUGGCUAAGCUCACCGUUCUUGGUUCGAACCCGCGCGACCUCAUUGACUGCUCGGAUGUCAUCCCCGUCCCGAAGAAGUUCACCAAGGCCGCGACAUUCCCCGCUGGCUUCUCCAAGCGCGACGUCCAGCAGGCAUGCCAGGCUACUCCCUUCCCGACGCUCCGCACCGACCCCGGCCCCGUCACCUCGGUUGCCCCUGUUCCCCCCUCGUAA